AAAUAAAAAUUCAGCAAUAACCUAAAACGAAAUACGAAUUUGUAUUUUCAAAAUAAACCAAGAAUUCAAAAGAAAAGAAUAUGCAUAAAAAAGCCCAGGAAUUGUUAUGAUUCACAUAAAACUGCAGUUAUUACAACUGCAAAUCUACAAUGAACACUGAGACGGAGCCGUCAAAAAUCAAGAGAAGGCACGUAAUAUGCAUGGCUUCAGAUUUCUUCUACCCAAACACUGGUGGCGUAGAAGAACACAUUUACAAUCUAUCACAGUGUUUGAUCAAACGGGGGCACAAAGUUAUCGUGAUAACGCACUGCUACGCCGAUCGUGUUGGCAUACGAUAUUUAACCGGAGGCUUAAAGGUGUAUUACCUGCCCAUCAGAGUGUUCUACCACCAAUGUGCCCUGCCCACUAUGAUAUGCAAUAUUGCAAUCGUCCGAUACAUCUUAAUACGAGAAUGUAUAGAAAUAGUUCACGGUCAUUCUGCAUUCAGUGUUCUAGCUCAUGAGGUGUCCAUGAUAGGAAAAUUAAUGGGAUUAAAAACAGUGUUCACUGACCACAGUUUGUUUGGUUUCGCUGAUAUGUCAGCAGUUUUAACUAAUAAGUAUUUACAACUAUGUCUGUGCGAGUGUGAUGCAUGUAUCUGUGUGUCUCAUACGGGGAAGGAAAACACAGUAUUACGAGCUAAAGUAAGAGCUCACAGAGUGUCUGUAAUACCAAAUGCAGUGGAUGCAUAUACGUUUACACCUGAUCCAAGCCAAAGAGAUCCCAAUGUAGUCACAAUUGUUAUUGUAUCUAGAUUAGUUUAUAGGAAAGGUGUAGACUUAAUGGCUGCAGUGAUAGCUGAUAUGUGUCCGCGGUACCCAAACAUUAGGUUUAUAAUAGGAGGAGAUGGACCUAAAAUGUGGUUACUCCAAGAAGUUAGGGAGCGAAAGGGUUUUCAACACUGUGUCACAUUGCUAGGAAGCUUAAAACAUUCCGAAGUUAGAAAUGUUUUAGUUAAAGGUGAUAUAUUUUUAAACACCUCUUUGACUGAAGCUUAUUGUAUGGCGAUUGUUGAAGCCGCAUCGUGUGGGCUAAAAGUUGUAUCAACCAAAGUCGGUGGCAUACCAGAAGUGUUGCCAGAGAGCAUGAUAUAUUUGACGGAACCAAAUGUUACUAGCAUAGUGUCCGGUAUAGAAUCUGCUAUGAGAGAUUUAAAGAAUGGCAAAAUUCUUUGCCCGUACGAGUGUAAUAAGAUGGUGAGAAAAAUGUACAGCUGGAUGGAUAUUACAAGACGAACUGAAAUAGUGUACAAUCGAAUCUUGUUGAAUAAAAAUAAAACAUUAGGUCAACAGUUAAGAAGUUAUCUUAGAUGCGGUGUGUGGCCGUUCCUCUUAGUUGUAAGUUUAAUGUAUUUGUUAUUGCAAUUAGUUGAGAGAAUAUAUAAAAGAAAGCACAUAGAUAUAGCCAAGGAUUUAAAAUUAUAGACAUAUAAUAAGUACAAACAUAUUUUAAGUUGUUAGAAGUCUAUUAAAUCACAUGACAUAACUUUAUCUAAUCAAUACAUAGUCAAUUAAUUUAAAAGGCUGUUAUUUUAAUAUGCGCACAGUAUUUUAAUAAAAAUUGAUAACUUCAUCAGACUGUUCACUCCAGUGAAUGCUCACUCAUUUUUAGGGUUCUGUACCUCAAAA